CCGCCGAACCGCCGCCAUGAGCCACGUCGACGUGAAGAACCUGAAGCCCUCCCGCUUCGAGGAGCAGCACUUCGACGAGUACGAGUACUACAACCUGACGGACAAAUACGUGGAGGGUUCGGCCCGCAAAGGCAGAACCAAGAAGGAGGCCAGCGAGAACACGAACCGGCCCAACCCGGGCGGGCACGAGCGCAAGAUCGCGGAGAAACUGCAGAACAGCGAGAAGAAGGCGAAGGCGUGACCGCUGAGGACUACUCGGACAGAUUGAAACGGAAACCGAACAUGUCCUUCUUGGCGACUCACGUAGACCUGCGGAAGUGUUCCAGCGCCAAGGGGCGGAGUUACGAGAGGGCGUGGCCUGUCGACCCAGGUGGAUGAAGGCCCUCUGCACCUGGUUGUUUAUGAUGUUCUUAAUGGUUGGUCUGGUCCGGGUUCGGACCGUGACUGUGCAUCAGUGACGGUGCUCUUUGUUUUAAAUGUUUUUUACCAUUAAAGUUGUUUUUAAAUGA